GUUCUUCGUGACGUCACGCCGUCUUCUCCCCUGUGGUUGACUGCUUCUGGGGAUCUGGCUUUCCCUCAAGACUCUCGCUCCGCCCCGGCGUCCCGUUACUCCUGCUGCAGGUAGCUGAAAGAAACCCCCAGACCCUGAGGAGCUCUGUCCCGGAGAUGUUAUUGGACGGACAGCAACAGGUUAAAGUUAAACACCGACGGGAUCAGGGAGCGACACCCAGAACACUGUGAGCUCACCGGGUAUCUGCACUGCGGAAGUUUGUCGGAUGAUCUGGUCGACGGACGGAGCGAAUUAACGGUACCCGGUAUUACUCAUCACUGAGGGCGUGGAUUUUUAAGGUAGCCGUCGUUUUAUUCCACGGUCUAACCGGUGUUCAUAAAGCCGAAGUACACCCGAAAACACGAGCGGCUUUUGGCUUCUGUUUCGUAUCUGGCAAUGCAUAGCGUUUAUUCUCGAGACUUCCAUUUUCAGACACGGUUGUUGUUUGGUAUUUGAGCUCCUGGGGUCAAAAGGUUGGCUGCCGUCCUGCAGCAGGAAACCUGCUCCGUCCCCAGCAGGGUCACCAGGCUGUUAAGGUAAAACUACUGGAAUCCAGCUGAGGGAUUCAUGCUUGAGUGGUGAGCGUGCUGUGUAACCUGGACUUGACCCAGGAUCUGACUGUGGCCUCAUCUUAAUCCUCUAAGGAGCAUUGGCAGGCAAAGUUUGUCCCAGACCGUGACAGGCUGUGACAAGGGGCUUCACCUCAGCUUUGCUCACCAUGAUGCAGAUAUCUGACUCCUACAACCAGAAGAACUCAGUCUUCAACACCAUGAACCGCUUCAUAAGCGCCGUCAACAACAUGGACCAGACGGUGAUGGUGCCCAGCUUGCUGCGGGAUGUCCCACUGGAGGACAAGGAGGACAUGAUGGCAGUGCAGGCCACCAACAGCACCACCAGCACCGCUUGCUUCCACCAGAGCGGCGACAUGUACAGCUCAUACAUCCUGCUCAAGUCCAUCCGAAAUGACAUUGAGUGGGGCAUCCUGCAGUGUGACGGGCGGGGGAAGGAGAAGGCGGGCGUGACGGAGGUGGACCCAGACGACCUGGAGAAACAGUUUCAUUUCCACCUCAACGGACUCCACACGGUUCUGUCCAAACUGACGCACAAGGCCAACAUGCUGACAAGCCGCUACAAGGAGGAGAUCGGCUGCUGGAACUGACCAAGGACUGAUUCAUUUAUAGACAGGAAACACAACCACACGGGUGUUUCUACACGUGUUAGCUCAGAAUCUUCAGAUCAGACGCAGCUUGACAUUUCUGCAGGGAGCCUGAAAAGUAAAAUGUUCCAAAGCUGAAGCUUGAAUUUGAGAAAAGACCAAAUUCACUUGAUCCUCCUACAUGCGUGUCAUUGCAUAUUUGGGUGUCAUUUCCUGGUUUUCAAGUUCAGUGGAUUUAUCCAUACAGUCAUGGAAAUUACAGAGCUUUUAGCAAACACACAAACAUGACACAACAAAGUCAAAACCACAAAUGAAACCUCAGAUACAGGCUUUCACUCGCUGAGGUUCAUUUUAAUUGAAAGUGAAGGAAGUUCAUUUUACAGCUGCUGUUUGAUUUGGUUAGAUGAUGUAGGACAUCAGCAAAACUAUGCAGAAGCACAAGCGUGUUUGUUUUGUUCAUCAUACAGGGACUGAGUGAAACUGGACAAACACCUGGAAGGAAUGAAAAGAACUUGGCAUUUCCUCCAGUUGUUUGUCCACAUGUGUACUUAUGCUGUGUGUGUUGAUUGCACUGUGUUUUCAGGGUUUAUGUUUGUCUCUCUCUCCGCAUCAUCCUGUAAGUUUAAAACUAUGCAAUUACAGACACUGGCUGCUCGGAGUUUGUUUUCAUAUGUGAAAAUGUGUUUGACUGCAGACGCAGAAGUGUUGAACUUUGACAAUAAAACUUUCCAAGCUACUUAAGAUGUUUGCCAUGAAUGCAGCUGAUAACAUUCAUGAAAAUGCUCAAACAGUUUAGAAAUAAUAUGAUUAUAGUACAAAAUGAUCAAUAACACAAGUGAUGUAUUGGUCAAGCUUGAACUGGCUGAUCAUGGUUUAUUCUCUGGGGGGGGUCUGUCAACUAAAUAUAACCAGAGGUAAAUGGUUAACAGUUUUAAUACAAUACUAGUCUGUGCAUCAUCCAGGAUUAAACCGUAGACUGUAUGUAAGUUUGGACAACACGUCACCACUUCCCUCCACUGCAAAAGUGAAGCCAAAAUAUCAUGAAAACGGUGGCAGCCAUCUUGGCAUUUUGCAGCCAGAUUCUCUGCCGAGACUGAGUAGUUAAGUGACAAAUCAGGCCGCCAAUCAAAGCUGUCAAAUCAUGUGAAACACACCCCUUUUAUAUAAUGAAAUAACUUAUUAAAAACAACCUUACCAGAAAAAUGACCAUGUGCACUCACAGCAGUGUGAUAAUAUCAACCAAAAAAAAAAACUGAAACCACCUCUGGGUAAAAUUUAUCUGAUUGGUACUUUGAGUUUUUAGUUUGGCUCAUGUCCCUUUCACUAACAUGGAAGGGGCGGGGUUUGUGACCUAUACUGCCACCAGGGAGUGAUAGACUUGCAAUAGCUUCACUUCACAUCAUCCAUCUUUUUACAGUCAGUGGCUUGACCUGAGUUUUAUUAUGGUGAGUUCACAUUUCCAGACAUUUCCUGUCAGACUGAAGCUGAUUGACAGAAAAUUCGACAAAAUUCAAAAUUUCAU